UUGACGCUUAUUACUUUUCCUCUUUGCUGACCAAGCUGAUAUGGAGACAUCUGUGAUUCCGACAUCUACUGCAUCUCCAGUCCACCAAACAGUGGCCAUCAACAAUGCUGCAGACAUCGCUGUGAUUGUCCUGUACUUUGUUUUGGUCAUUGGUGUAGGACUAUGGUCCAUGUGUAGGACCAAUCGUGCGACCGUUGGUGGAUAUUUCUUAGCCGGGAGGAACAUGCAAUGGUACACUGUUGGAGCCUCACUGUUUGCAAGUAACAUUGGAAGUGGACACUUUGUUGGGUUGGCAGGUACAGGGGCAGCAAAGGGCCUGGCUGUAGGUGGCUUUGAGUGGAAUGCCCUGUUUGUUGUGUUACUCCUGGGUUGGCUGUUUGUCCCAGUCUAUUUGACAGCUGGGGUCAUCACUAUGCCUCAGUACCUGAUGAAGAGGUUUGGAGGAAAUCGAAUCAGGUUCUACCUCUCUCUCAUCUCUCUCUUUCUGUACAUAUUUACCAAGAUCUCAGUGGACAUGUUCUCUGGAGCAAUCUUCAUCCAACAAGCUCUAGGGUGGAACAUCUAUGUUGCAGUAAUUGCACUGCUAAUUAUUACCUGCAUCUACACUGUGACAGGAGGCCUGGCUGCCCUGAUGUACACAGAUACAGUGCAGACAUUUGUGAUCAUUGCUGGAGCUUUUGUACUAAUGGGAUACUCUUUCCAUGAAGUUGGAGGCUAUCAGGCUUUAUUCAACAAGUAUAAAGGAGCUGUGCCAAGCCUUCAUGAUUCAAUAAAUCCUCUCCGCUAUAACAUAUCUGACAAAUGCUACCUUCCUCGUGCUGAUUCAUACAACCUUCUGCAAGAUGCUGUCAAUGGUGAUCUACCCUGGCCAGGGUUAAUCUUCGGUAUUACUAUUGUUGGAGUGUGGUUCUGGUGUAGUGAUCAGGUCAUUAUCCAGCGUUGUCUUGCUGCUAGGAACCUUACACAUGUGAAGGCUGGUUGUGUCCUGUGUGGCUACAUAAAGCUUUUACCCAUGUAUCUGAUGGUCUUGCCAGGCAUGAUCAGUCGAGUACUUUACCCAAAUGAGGUUGCUUGCGUUGUGCCAGAGGAAUGUGAAAAGAUCUGUGGCACUUCUGUUGGUUGUUCAAACAUUGCCUACCCAAAACUGGUGGUUGCAUUGAUGCCCAAUGGACUGCGUGGUUUGAUGCUUGCUGUGAUGUUGGCUGCUCUCAUGAGCUCACUAGCAUCCAUCUUUAACAGCAGCAGUACACUUUUCACCAUGGACAUCUGGGCAAGGUUCCGGAAGGGGGCCAGCAACAAGGAGUUGAUGAUUGUUGGCAGGAUCUGGAUUCUUUGUAUUGUUGCAAUCAGCAUUGCUUGGAUCCCUGUGGUUCAAGCAGCACAGAGUGGACAACUCUUUGAUUACAUCCAAUCUAUCACGAGCUACCUAGCACCACCCAUUGGUGCAGUGGUGCUGCUAGGAGUCUUUGUGAAGAGAGUCAAUGAACCAGGUGCUUUCUGGGGUUUGAUUGGUGGCCUGGCUAUGGGCCUCUGCCGGAUGAUUGCUGAGUUUGUCUAUGGCACAGGCAGCUGCAUCUUCCCAUCGUCCUGCCCUUUCAUCUUCUGCGGAAUCCACUACCUACAUUUCGCCAUCAUCCUGUUCAGCUGCACGUGUAUGCUAGUGCUCAUCAUCUCCGUCUGCACUCCACCAAUCGAAGAGAAACAUCUACAUCGGCUGGUCUACAGUCUCCGCUACAGCUGUGAGAAAAGAAUUGAUUUGGAUAUUGUGGACGAGAAUAAACCAAAGAUCAAAACACAAGUAGAAGCAGAAAAUGGCACAACUGACAAGCACCUAGUGACAACAGAACCAAAACAAAAAAAGAAUCUCUUUAGCCGUUGCUUCACUUGGUUCUGUGGAAUUAGCUCAGAGUCAGUGCCAGAACCAACAGAAGAGGAGAAGGCAGAAGAAAUGAGGAAAAUGACAGAUAUCAGUGAGAAUAGGGUCUGGAGUAAUGUCGUUAAUAUAAAUGCCAUUAUCAUGAUGUGUGUUGCACUCUUUCUGUGGGGCUUUUAUGCUUAAAAAAUAAAGUAUAAUAUGCUUAUUGUCUUUUAGAACUGUAGCCUCUUAAUAUAAAAAUUUCACUGUUGCUAACAAGGUUUGAACAAGCUUUUCUCCAAGAUAAUCAUUACAUCUGUUUCUUGUGUCCAUGUUGUAUCUCUGUCUUUGAUUUCUGGUGCUCCUACACUUUUGAACAAUGUUCAGCCUGUCUCUCAAACUUAUUUCCAAUGUACAAAACAAAUAUUAGUUCACUAACAGGGUCAAAGAAGCCCCCAAAAUUCAAGAUAAAUGGCUAUUCAAGAUAAACUCAGACAAGCAAACAACAGCAGCUAUGCAGGUCCUUUCUGACCUGACAUGUAAAGGAUAUCCCUUCACUUAUAUUGCAUGAAUGGAAAGCCAUAAGAAACAAAAGCCUGAGGAAGAAAUCCAAAAAUUGAAGACACAUUCUUGGCUUCGUAGGACCUAUGACCUGAAUAAACGAUCCAGGCUCACAAUUCAAUGCUGUCUUUCAGAUGAGACAUCACACUAAGCCACCUGUGCCAUCUCACAUGGACAGAAAUGAUCCCAUGGCACCUUUUAAGAAGAAAAUUGAAGUUCUCCCUAUUUUCUAAUUCCAAUGUUUAUCUCACUAUCUGCAUGACUAAAAUAGAUUAUCUUAUUGCAUGUUAUGAAACUUUGUUCUUUGCAACUUAGUUGUCAUGUUUCUUAACUUCAGAGACUAUAUUUCAAAAUUACUCCACAAAAAAAUAAAGAAGUGCAGAUGCUGAAAAUCUGAAACAAAAUCAAAAGUUCGUGCAGCAGUUCUGGCAGGAUCUGUGGAGAGAAAGCAGUGUUAAUGUUACUCCAAAUGCUGGUCCCAAAACAGUGACAAAAAUUUCCGUUUUUGUUUAAAAAUUACCUCACUGGCUGCAAAAUACUUUGGUUCAUGGUGUCAUGAAUUGCACUGUGCACAUGCAAAUCUUUCUUUAUUCUGGUUAAUUUUAAACAGUUUCGUAUCUUGUAAUUAAUACGACUUUAAAUAGACAAAUGAUACUUGGAAUAGCACUUGAGUUCUGCAAAUGUUCUGAUGAUAAUUAGUGUCCCUUAUUCAUUCCCCUCCAUUCUGUUUGACAAAGAAACUCAACCAUCCCUUGUCCCAUCAAGCCAGCUCACAAACAUUGCCUGACAUGCAACAGCCCAUUUCUUGAUCCUCUGGGCUUCCUUUUCCCAUUCCACUCCAUUGAAGAUGAUACUGUUGCAAAAGAAAAUGACAACAGGUGCUGGAAAUUGUAUUUCUAAAAAGCCAUUGCAUUUCUAACUUUCCUUACCUUUCUGCUUUUAUUUGAGAUGGCCUUUUUAUUCUCCCCUAUUCAAUUUUAAAAAAUACAUGCUGGCAUCCCACACAGUAGCAGCCCCAGCAGUCAAUUCAUAAACAUAUUGUACACUCUCACUGGUUCUAAUCACCCAUGACCUGCAGCAAUAGCCUCUGCACACAAUGUGGGAGAGGUGGGCUGUGGCCACUUCAUUAGCAGCAAAUGAUCAUCCAUACCCCCAGCUGUCAGACUUGGAAAUUCAGCCCACUUACACAGUGGGUUAGGCAGUCAGUUGUUUGGCUCGUGCAGUCCACACAAAUCUAUACGUUUAAAACUUCCUGGCUUUCUGCUGAAUGUCACGUCAGCACUUGGUCAACAUAAAACAAAGAACAGCAGAUGCUGGAGAACUGAAACAAAAGCACAGCACGUCUGGUAGCAUCUGCUGGGAGAAAACAGAGUCAAUGCUUCGAGUCUGGUGACUCUUCAGCAGAACCCUGACUCAAUUAUCUGUGCUUUCUCCCCACAGAUGCUGUCAGACCUGCUGAGUUUUGCCAGCAAUUUCUGUUUUUGUUUCACUUCCUGCUUGGUAUUGGUUUCAAUUCAUGGAUAUGUGGCGGCCCACUGAGGCUGAAUCUAAACACCAGGUGAGAAAAUCUCAUUUGAAAACCAACCCGGCUUAUCUGAGAACCACUAUUCAAAUUGCUCAGUUCAUCAUUGGAAGCCCAAAGAACUACUUGCAAAAAGUGAGAUGAUAUUCCAACUGUUUUCGUUGAUACCAAGAACAAAAAA